GAAAAUAUGCCACUGAAUUUGUCCACAAAACCACAAUCAUCAGCCACAACACCGACCAGUCGGUUUGCCACGACAAUCUGGUCACCGGCCAGCAUGUGUGAGAAGCCCAGUGCGGAUGCCAGCCGAAGUAGUCGGAGUAACAGUAGUAGCAGUAGCACAAGUAGUGCUGAUGAUAGGGAUCCACAUACAACCACGGCACCUUCGGGUACCUCAGCCUCAGCAUCUUGCGAUGCGAUCCGCGACGGUGCUCAGUACAAGUUCAAAAGUGAAAUUAUUAAUCGCAUUAAGCGACACAGUCGCAGUGUUGAUGAUGACAGAAGUGCGAGCGAUCGUGAUGAGAAUGACAUGAAUUUCAACAUGAAAGUGCGCCAUGUGUUUGCAAAUCAAAGUUCCGUGAGUGAUAAGGACUUUCUCUUCUUUCCCCAUUUUGCCCAUCAUAAGGACAUUGAAGUGUUGCGCCAGAAUCGCACGGACAUUUUUGCCAUUAACGGUGUGAAGCAGGAGCAUAGUGGAGGAGGCAGUUUACAUACAACACCUGACUCCACUGGCCAUGGAACAACACUCCUUGGGGGUGAUGAUAAGAAGCGCGACAGAAACUUUCAGUGUAAACAGUGUGGAAAAACAUUUAAGAGAUCCAGCACACUAUCGACACAUCUGUUGAUCCACAGUGAUACCAGACCAUAUCCCUGCCAAUACUGCGGCAAGAGAUUCCACCAGAAGUCAGACAUGAAGAAACAUACGUAUAUUCACACAGGUGAGAAACCUCAUAAGUGCGUCGUGUGUUCCAAAGCAUUUUCCCAAAGUAGCAACUUAAUAACUCACAUGAGGAAACAUUCGGGCUAUAAGCCCUUCUCUUGUGGACUGUGUGAGAAAUCCUUCCAACGGAAAGUGGACCUCAGACGACACCGUGAAAGUCAACAUACGGACGAUUCACAGGCUCAUUCGGUACUAGGUACCAUGACCCCCUCAAUUAACACAACACCAACAGGGGUUGAAGUGAAAAUUGAGGUGACUAGCAGUUGCUGAGUGUUCAUCCUGACUUUCAUUAUAAAAAAAAACAAGUAAUAAUUUUAUUUCUUUAUUUAGUCCUAUUUUUUUAUAUUAUAUUUUAAUUUAUCCUACAAAGUCCCAUUUUUUUAGUCUUCAAAGAAAACCAAAGCACAUUAUUUUGAAUGUGAAGCUAAAUGCUUAAAAAAAGACAAAACAGUUGAUCCUUACAAAUUCUCUCCAACUUAGAAGUAACAGAUCCGUUAGAUUAGUAAAUUAAGAACCCAUUUGAGCGAACCAAAAAUUAAAAGAUAAACAUUCAGACAAAAAGAGAUAGUGAAGACUUUUUCUUUGAUUAGUAACAUCUAGUCGAAUCAAAGGUGGUACGUUAGAAAGAAAGUUAAACAAAUAGGAAGGGUAAAGAAAUACAAAUGUAAAUGUAGGGGAGAGUGGGGUAGUUUAUACAGUUCAACAUUUUUUUUUCAUGUUCAUUUUUUUAUAAAAAAAAGCUGCAUUCAAGAUAAUUAUGUCUUGUUUGUUUUUCUUGGGUAUAAGCUAUCUUUUGUGGAUAUUUUGUCGGUUGGAUCAGAAAUAAUAAGCUGCUGAUUCAACCGACGAUAUUCUAAUCAUUCUAUACUUUCUAAAGUCAUGGGUGAAACUGCCCCAGCCUCCCGUAAUAUAGUAAACGAGAGAUUGUCUAUAAACCACUAAAAGACACCUAUGGCAGCAUAAUAUUUAGAAGUAAAAAAGGAACACCAAAAUAUGUCUAGCGAUUUUUAGCCUUUUUAUUUCUAUUCAAAUUGAUACCCAAGUAACUGUGACUUCCUGUAAAAUAUCUUUUGAUAUUUUCAGCGUUUAAAGUAACUUUUAAAAUUACAUUUGCUCCUAUUUUAAGUUACUUUGAAUAGUUUAAAUAAGAAAAAAAAUAUUCUUCCGCCAAUGGGUAAAUAUUCCGUAAAAAUGUAGUAAAAGUGACUUGACUUUUUUUUAUUUGGCUGCCAUAGUAAAUAUAUGUUUUUUGUCUUAUUAAAUUAAUCUGUUUCCAUAAAGAGCCUAAAGUAUUGUUACCGCAUGAAAAAUCUCAGCUAUAAAAAAAAACAUGGAUUAAUUUAUUUCAAAUGUAUUAAUUUAUCUUACUGAAUGACGGCAAAAUGUCCAUUUGCCUCCACUCUGCAUGAAAAGCAAAACAAUUGAUAAAUUGUGUAUGUACAGAAGAAAUCAAAGUGUAUAAAAGUGUAUGUAAAUUGAAAAAUUUUCUGUAGUCGUUGAGGAAGACAGAGAAAAACACAAAGGACAGGCACAUAUAAAGUAAAACACAAGACAGCUAACAUUACCAAAGAUGUGUAAUUGAAGAAAUGUGUAAAUCGACGUGGAAAAAAAGAGUGAAAGAACGAAAGAAUAGACAACAAAAAUUAUUGGCCAUAAAUUCACUAAUUGCCAUAUCUUUUUUUUGAAUUGAUUUUAAAUUUGUUUGCCAUAUGUUAAAGAUUUCAUUUUUUUACUUUGCUUUUUUUGUCAAAUAAGCAUCUCUUUUGUCUCUUUUAGGGUAUAAACAAGUUAUUUAUAAGUGUAUAAAAAUUAAGUAAGUGAUUUUUUUCUAGUUAAAUAGUAAUAAAAAAAAUGUUUGAAAUGAAAA